CACUUACCUUUCUUUCUUUCUUUUUUUCUUUUUUUGGUAGUUCGGAAUAACGGAUGAUCCACUUACGAGUUACGAUUGUAUGGGCUAUGUUUAAGUUUGUUAGGGUUCGCGUAAAAUAGAAAAGAAUACGACUAAACAAAAUGGCCGUACAUACUUAUUUCUUAGAGAAUGUUGAAUGAUCCCUUGUCUCUUUUUUCGUCUAAUGGCCGGGACCACGUACGAUUACUUUUUUUUUUUCACAAGCUCAGAGUGAAACCGGCUUCUAGUAGAUGAAAUUCUAAGUACGGGGUAAAUAUUUUUUUCAACUUAUUCUAAUGUUUGGUUGCUAACUUAAGUUCUUUUGGAAUUUUAACCUAAUAAAAACUAGUAGACAGAAUGAUAGUUCCCCAAACAAGACUUAAUCGAAUGUUCUGAUUCCAUUUUGCAUGCAGCACAUAUAAUAUAUCUUUCAUGUAAUUAUUCUCAGGUUUGCUAGUAGAUAAGCACUGGAGCAGUGAAGAGCACUUGGAGAAAUUGGAGAGAUUGGGAUGUCUAGUUUUGCAUAAAGUUGAUGUCCAUAAUAUGAGCUGCCAUCACACACUAAAACACAUGAAAUUUGAUGUUGUAGUUUUUAACUUCCCUCAUGCUGGCCAUUUUUAUGGCUACUGCGAAAAAGAUGAAGAGCUAAUCGAGAUGCACAAGGAGCUGUUGAGGGGUUUCUUCAAGAAUGCCAGAGAGAUGCUGGUGAAGGAAGGUGGUGAAGUCCAUGUCACCCACAGGGAUGACUAUCCUUACAACACAUGGGAAUUGGAGAAACUUGGAGCUGAAUCAGGUUUCAGUCUGAAAGAGAAAGCGAGGUUUGAGAAGGGAGAUUAUCCAGGUUACCACAACAAGAGAGGAGGUGAUAUCAACUGCAACAAGACGUUCCUUCUCGGGUUUGAGUGCUUUACAUCCAAGUUCUCACUUCACAUGGAUAACACUGGUGAUCAGCCGCAAAAGAAUAAGGAGCAUGACCGUGAAGUAGCUCAUGAAUGUGCUAGUGGCGACAAGGGAUUGGGAGGUGUAAUCCACAAGGACAACGCUGAUGAUCAGCGGCAAAAGAUUAAUGAGCAUGAGCAUGAGCAUGAAAUCAAUGAAUGUGCUAGUGGUGACAUGGGAUUGGGAAUCCACAUGGAAAACACUUGUGAUCAGCUAGAAAAGAAUAAUGACGUGGGAUUAGGAGGUAAAAUCGACAUGGAAAACACUGGCGAUCAGCUGCAAAAGAAUAACGAGCAUGACAAUGAAAUAAAUGAAUGUGCUAUUGGCGAAGUGGGAUUGGGAGGUAAAAUCAACAUGGAAAACACUGGUGAUCAACUGCAAGAGAAUAACGAGCAUGACCAUAAGAUAGAGGAAUGUGCUACUGGUCACAUCGGACUGGGAGGUAUAAUUGUUGCUGUUGGGAUCUCCAUGUUUGUAGUAAUUAUGCUUAUACCACGUAUAUGUGGAAAAUAG